AUGCCUACCCGACCUUUUCAACCCAUGUACGCGCCUUCGCACAUGGUUACAUUGUAUACCCAUACCCUUGCCAACAAGCCAGAGCCGUGUGUGGAUGUAAAUGCAUGGAAUCUGGUUGCAAGUCCUGGGCGUGACGGUCUCGCGAGUUUGGAUGCGCAGGAUUUGCCCAUUUUACCCGACUGUGCCAGCGAAUGCAUUGCGCUGCGUGACACACUGGUGCAAACCCUCCAGAACAAGCCUUCUCAGGACGCAUUUUCUCACUUGGAAUCAGUUUUGUCCACGGCUUAUACCACGAUCUUUUCACCAUUCCAACAUGACGCGUCACAGAAAGACACGCAGGUGGGUGCUGCUAUUCUGUCUUUUAUUGGCUUGACAUCCGAGGCACUUGUACAUAUCAAUACGCACGAGUCCUUUGUGAUCGCACAAAAACUUUUGAUCUAUACGCAGCAGCACAUUGGGGCAGUCCCCGGUGUGCACUUUCGCCGCAUAGCCGCUGAUCUGGGCCAACGCGGUCAGGUCGAUCAUGUGCUACAACUCGUGCGUCUCGCCCAGAUACACCAUGAGCAUGAUUGGGCUUUGUGGUAUGCAGAGUUCCUUGCAUUAAACUCACUCCAUAAUGUCGAGUUUGACACGUACUGGAGCUCGACGGUAAAAAAGUCCACGGGCGACGUGCCGUAUGAGGCAUACGAACUUUGCAUGCUACACUGGGCAUCUCACCGAAAUCAUCAUAUGUAUCGGGGGGCACUCAAAGGGCUUCUUAAGUCGCAUCAUACUUUGCGGAGCCGUACAUGGCUUGCCCUAUUCGAAACGUAUCCACCACUCACUGCGAUUGUGAGGAAAGAGUAUGCGUACCUAAUCAAAAUGGAUCCGGCUGCCAUGAUUCCUGCGCUAAUGCAGAAGAUGAUUGCUUACAAUGCAGUUCACUAUGUUCCAUGGAUUCUUUGGACUGUGCGGGUCCCUGAAAGCCAGCGGCUCGUCCGAGAGCAAAAGAAAGUACCGCUGUGGUCCCGCGAGACACAACACUUGAUACCGACAUGGGGGCCAUGUGCCACAACCUAUUCACUGGCAGCAACCUGCGCUGGACGACAAGGUCGACUUGAUGUGGCCAUUAGGUUUUUCAAGCUCGCAUUGAAAUGCGCUGCUCACGACCGACCCUUGGCCGCAAGUGAGCGCCUGCCGGAGGCAGAACGACAUCCAGAUACAGUGGCAAUGGAGUACGCAUGUGUCGGUGUCGUCAAUGCUUCUCUCCGAGCCGACAGACCUGGUCUUGGGAUAGCCUUCGCACAACAUGUGACAGGAUUGUAUUUCGGCAUCCAGAAUGCAAGAAAAUUUAACGUAUCGAAGCGAUGUACGACAUUAACUACAAUGCUAAUCGCAUCAAUGAUCAAGUGUGCAGGUCGUCUGUACAAUAAAAGCCUAUUGACUCUUGUGCUAGACCUUGCACAAGAACUAAAAUUACGUAUCAAUGGCCGCGUGCGCCGCGCCCUGGCUGUCUUGAUUAUGGAGUGUCUCGACCCAAGGAGCAAAAACUUGGGUCUUAUGUAUAAAAUGCUGUCAUUUUUGCAGAAACCAAGCCCGAGCGAAUCGCUGCAUGGCAAGUUGCGCACCGAAUUAAAGGCGAUGGGCUUCGAUUAUCGCAUGCAGCGAGCAAAACCGAUGCACAUGUCUCACGUGUCACGCGCGCUGCCUUCGCCUGAGUAUCAGUCGCUGAAGUGGGUCCGAGACACCCCUCUUCAGCCCGAAGCAGAGCCGAGCGUGUCAAAGAUGGCCUCGCCUACUACGGUGCCAGCGGCGCCCAGACUACGCACGCAGUAUAUGCACUUGUUACUCAAGACAAAAGACAAGGAGGCCGUUCAGCACACAUUUCGCACUUUCCUCGAAGCUAAUCAGGCCCCUUGUAGACGGCAUGUGCAACUAUUACUGUCAGCUCUGUGUAACACUCAGCAAAUGAAUGAAGCAUGGUGGAUCCUAAGCCGUGGGCUGGAAAUGUGGAAUAUACGGCCGCACGCCAACAUGUAUGAGGCCGUGAGUAGUGCGUAUGCACAGAUGGGCGACUGGCAGUCUGUAUCGCGUGUGCUGAGGCUCAUGGAACGGAAUCAUAUCGAGGUGGACAUGUACCUCUAUGACAGGCUCCAAAUGUCCGCCACGUCCAAUGAGGUAGACAGCCUCAACAUCGUGCCGACCAAAAGCCUCGAUAUGACGCACCACAAGCAUGUCUUGCAACAUUUUGUGCUCUUAAUGAAACAACGUAAAUAUUUGGAGGCACAACAAUUUGCUACCGCGCACCUGAGAACGGUUCGGAAGCCUGGUAGCAAGUGGCGUCGCGCUAUGAGAGAUGCAAGGUUACGGCUUAUAAAAGUGCGUGAUUUGGAGGCGCUCGCUCUCUCUAAGAAAAACGUAAGAAGCUCGAGAGACCGUGACCAAGAAAGGCGAAAGGCGCGUAGUUUCCGGUACUAUCUUGUUACCUUGAUCAAGAGAAUCCUGCGCAGAUACCCUCGAGCGACCCGAUAG